AUGUCCUCUUAUUAUCUUUUUAAAGUUUUAGAUUGUGGGAAAACUGGAAAAGAAAUCAAAUUUAGGGUUUUAUUAUGGCAUUUGCCCUAUUUCUUAAUACCAUGUUUCACUUGUAUUCCGAAAAUCUCCCACACCUACACCUCCCCUUUCUUAACCAUCACCGGCCACCGGAUUCCAACGUUUUCGUCCUCAAUUGCCAUUCAACGACUGCAUGCAUUUCUUUUUGGCGAAUUAGAAUUAGAAUUUUGGAAUCGGAUAGGCAGCAAAAUGGAGAAGGCUGGCAGUGGUACUGUGGAGUACAUUAACAAGAUGUUUCCUACGGAAGCAUCUUUAUCGGGAGUCGAGCCACUGAUGAAGAAAAUACACAAUGAAAUCCGUGUUGUGGAUGCUGAAAUUCUAGGAGCUGUUCGUCAACAGAGUACAUCAGGAACCAAAGCGAAGGAGGAUCUUGCUGCAGCUACAAGUGCUGUGAAUGAACUCAUGUUUAAAGUAAGAGAAAUCAAAACCAAAGCUGAGCAAAGUGAAACAAUGGUUCAAGAAAUAUGUCGUGACAUUAAAAAACUGGAUUUUGCAAAAAAGCACAUAACAACCACCAUCACAGCCCUCCAUCGUCUUACUAUGCUAGUUUCUGCAAUCGAGCAACUUCAAGUAAUGGCUUCAAAACGACAAUAUAAAGAGGCUGCUGCACAAGUAGAGGCUGUCAAUCAGUUAUGUAGUCAUUUUGAUGCCUACAGAGAUAUUCCCAAGAUCACUGAGCUAAGAGACAAGUUCAAGAACAUCAAGCAAAUUCUCAAGUCUCACGUGUUCUCUGAUUUCUCCAGCUUAGGUACAGGAAAAGAUGCUGAGGAAAGUAAUUUGCUGCAACAAUUAUCAGAUGCCUGUUUGGUUGUUGAUGCAUUGGAGCCAUCAGUGAGGGAAGAGUUGGUGAAGAACUUUUGCAAUCGGGAGCUUAUUUCUUACAAACAGAUAUUUGAAGGAGCUGAGCUGGCAAAGUUAGAUAAAACAGAGAGGAGAUAUGCUUGGGUCAAACGCCGAUUACGUACAAAUGAAGAAAUAUGGAAAACUUUUCCUGCUUCAUGGCAUGUGGAUUACUUGAUUUGUAUUCAGUUCUGCAAAUUGACAAGGACACAACUUAUUGAGAUCUUUCAAAAUUUGAAAGAGAAGCCAGACGUUGGAACACUACUUCUGGCAUUGCAACGGACAAUAGAGUUUGAGGAAGAGCUAGCAGAGAAAUUUGGUAGCAGUAGUACCAAAAGUGUUAUGAGUGACAUUGAGGAAGUAGAUAAAGGGGAAAAUAGUACUCAAAUUGUGAUGGACAUUCGAAAGAAAUAUGAGAGAAAACUUGCUGCACAUCAAGGAAACCAUGAUGAUGAUAAAGAUGCAAAUAAAGAUCUGGCUGUACCUGGAGCUGGGUUUAAUUUUUGUGGAAUUAUAUCAUCCUGCUUUGAACCACACUUGAUGGUAUAUGUAGAAUUAGAAGAGAGAACUCUUAUGGAGCAUCUGGAGAAACUUGUUCAGGAUGAAACAUGGCAUAUGGAUGAUGGAAGUCAGACUAAUAUUUUGUCCAGUAGCAUGCAGGUCUUUCUAAUCAUCAGAAGGAGUUUAAAACGCUGUUGUGCCUUGACAAGAAACCAUACACUCCUAAAUUUGUUCAAGGUCUUUAAGAGAGUUCUUAGAGCCUAUGCUACAAAACUUUUUAUGAAGCUACCUAAAGGUGGUCUGGGAAUUGUUGCAGCUGCCACUGGUAUGGAUGGACACAUCAAGACAUCUGAUAAAGACGAAAGGCUGAUAUGCUAUAUAGUCAACACUGCUGAAUAUUGUCAUAAAACGGCGGGUGAGUUGGCUGAAAAUGUCUCAAAAAUAAUAGAUUCCCAAUUGGCUGAUUCAGUGGAUAUGUCAGAAGUCCAGGAUGAAUUCUCAUCAGUCAUAACAAAAGCAUUAGUAACAUUAGUGCAUGGCGUAGAGACUAAAUUUGAGGUUGAAAUGGCUGCAAUGACACGUGUUCCUUGGGGUAUGCUUGAAAGUGUGGGUGACCAAUCAGGGUAUGUCAAUAGCAUAAAUAUGAUUCUUAGUGGUUGUGUUCCUGUACUUGGAAGCCUUCUUUCUCCAGUUUACUUUCAGUUCUUCUUGGAUAAGCUGGCUUCAUCUCUAGGUCCACGUUUCUACCUCAAUAUCUUCAAAUGCAAGCAGAUAUCAGAAACCGGAGCUCAACAAAUGUUAUUGGAUACUCAAGCCGUAAAGACAAUUCUUCUAGAUAUUCCAUCCCUUGGAAGACAGGCAAUAGGAGCUGCUGGCUAUUCAAAAUUUGUAAGCCGUGAAAUGAGCAAAGCGGAAGCACUCUUGAAGGUUAUAUUGUCCCCUAUUGAUUCUGUAGCAGAUACAUAUGGAGCACUUCUACCCGAGGGAACACCUUCAGAGUUUCAGAGAAUUCUAGAGCUCAAGGGGCUAAAAAAGGCCGACCAACAAACAAUACUAGACGAUUUCAACAAACGUGGGUCCGGGAUUUCGGAAUCGCCAAUGGGCACGCAAGCAGUCCAGGUGGCACAUGCGGUGGCAACUCCUGUGCCACCACCCAUGGCGGGUCCACCUUCAGCUGCAGGUAUCUCAUCAAGAGAAGAUGUGCUUACUAGAGCAGCGGCACUUGGAAGAGGUGCCGCCACAACUGGAUUCAAAAGGUUCCUGGCAUUGACUGAAGCAGCAAAAGACCGCAAAGAUGGACCCUUCCGUAAACUUUUCAAUCCCUGA